AUGCUAUUCGCUUUAAUUCUGUUCAAUUUGAUCUCGCUGUUUGGCGUGGACGCGGGCAGGCAGAAACGGUACCUCGUGUAUCCGGACGGUGGCCCGGCAAGAGCACAGUUUAUUAUUGGUUUGGGGAUACCAGUAGAUUUAAAAGAAGCUUCUGUUACGGUAGGAACAGUAAUAAAAUUCCAGUAUGAUUUACCUACAAAUAGUACCGAAUAUACAAGUAGAAUUUAUGGUUUUGCUGAUACUGUGGCCCGUUCCCGAGAUGAGGAAACUAAAAAUAUGGACAAAGAUGAUUCAAAUGACAUAGAUUCUAAAAGUUCAAAUGAAAUAGAAUCGAAUGAUUCCAGAGACCUUGAUGAAUUUGAAGAUAAUGAAGAUAUUACGUUAUUAAAUAACUUAGAAAAAGAAAACGAGACGUUAAUAGAUGUAACGUUUGAUGAAAAUAGAAGAAAGAGAUCUCUGGCAUAUGCUGAAGGUGGUUUGAUGGCAGAUGUAACCACAGAAAGUGAACUUUCUUUAGAUGAAGCAAUUAGGCGACAAGAAAUCAUUGAUCGAAAUGCAAUGGAAGAAGAAGAACCUCAGAGAAUGAAUAGAUGGGAUUUUUAUAAAAUUAUCGAACGUAUGGUGGAGAGGUACGGUUAUUCAGGCCGACCGUGCUUGCUCCGAACAAUCUGCGAGGCUGCCGAGGUACCAUUCACCCAUGAAAACGGCUUGCUCGGUGAAAUUGGACAUAUACUAUUCACGCCAUCAACAACAACAGAUUCCCUGUCCCAUCACACUGACAACGAGUACCACGCUGCUGAACGGCUGGGCAGAGAGAUAGGCAUUAACUGCGAAGAGUUGUUCCCAGAGUGCGAAGGAUCCAUACUGAGUACCUUUACUCAGAUAGGGGAGCAAACAUUACAUUCAUUCGGAUUUCUGUAG